AUGAAGUACACGACCCGUAUAGCCUUUCCAAACUGCUACCCUGAUGAAGCAGUUAUUGACUUGGGAUGUUUCAAGAAGCUAAAAGACAACGUCCCGUGGAAAGUGUUUGAACUGUAUGACAACUACGACAUCAAGAAAUUUGAAGGUGGGGAAGAUGACGAGGAAGUAUAUUCCGAAAAUUGCGGAGCUCCCCACAACAAUUCUCAAUGUCCGAACGUUUCUCAGGCUACGGCAUGCGAGUCGGGAGAGUGUGUACAUCGAAGUACAGACCAUGAUGUAACGAUGUACCUGUGCGAAACAUUGGAAACAGGAACAAAGGCCAUUUUGACGGAAUAUUCGAGCAUGUACUACACAGAGUACCCAGAGCGUUUUGAGGAACUGAUACGACGUAACUACAGCGUCGAGUACUUUAAGACAUUAUGA